AUGUGGAUUCGUAGACGAUCUCCCAUGAAUAAAGAGUUCCAAAGAUCUCGUAAAAAAUCUAAAUUUAAUUAUUACUUAAUUAAUGAUUGGUUUCAGAAUGCUAUUUAUAGUGGCGCCCUUAAAGCCGCUGACAAAGGAAAUGCCACCGCCGUCCUUAACACCGAGGACUACCAGGACAAGAUCCAAGAAUUGUUAGAACCCGAUAUCUACAGGUCCCUAACUAAAGAUCCAACUGCGAAAAUUCUGCGAGAGACAUACAGACUCAUCAAAGAUUCGCCAAUCUUACCCGAGAUACAACGCACCAUAAAGAAAUCAGAAGCUCUCCCUCCUAGACUCUAUGGACUAUCGAAGCUCCACAAGUCUAGAGUUCCCCUUCGACCAAUUGUAAGCGCCAUUGGUUCACCGACAUAUGAAGUCUCCAAGUACAUCACGGGUCUUCUGAAACCAUUUAUUGGAUUAUCAUCAUCUUUCAUUAGAGAUUCCAGUGACUUCGUUCAAAAAAUCCAGUCAAUUUCUCUCCAGCUAUCCGAUUUGCUCAUAAGCUUCGACGUUGUCUCACUCUUCACAAAAGUCCCAGUUGAAGAUGCACUACAGCUGAUUACUCCACUUUUCCCUCCCGACAUCGCAGCCCAUUUCAAGCACGUCCUGACGACCACUUAUUUAAAGUGGAACACAAAAUUCUAUGAACAACGGGAUGGAGUUGCCAUGGGCAACCCCUUAAGCCCUGUCGUCGCUAAUUUCUACAUGGAGUUCUUCGAACAGAAAGCCCUUGCCUCCGCCACAAAGAAGCCCGAGGUUUGGUUCCGAUACGUUGAUGACACUUUGCGGUGUGGAGCCAUGGAGAAGAAGACCUGCAGUUGUUUCUUCAACAACUGA